AUGAUGCGUUUUUUUUUUGGGGAUUGAGGGGUUGUUUGGUGAAUUCAGGGUGGCCAAUGUUUGAUUGUGGUUUGGGUAGGAUGAAGUUGAAGGUUCAUCAGAGUUGAAGUUUGCAGCGGAACGUCAAAAACGCGAUUGAAUUGCGGUUCAGAGGAGAGGAGGUUUCAGUGUGUGUUUGGUUUGAAGGGGUUAAUAAAUAAAUAUUGCCCACCUGAUAUACAGCACGAGUUGUUGUUUUUUUUGUUGUUGUUGUUGUUGUUCUGUUGCUGGGACGAUAUGAAGAUUUUCGUGAAAGUGUUGCGAGGCGACGGUUGCGUGGUGGAGGUGUCCGAGAGAGCGAAGAUCGUCGAGCUGAAGAAGAAAAUCGAGAUGGAGUUGAAGGUGGCCGCAUCGCAGCAGACGUUGGUCUACAUGGGUAAAACUCUGGUGGACGAGAAGUCUCUGGAUUUCUAUCCGAAGAUCAAGGAUGGGGCCAAGGUGCAUCUGAUCGUGAAGAAGCCGGAGUCGCUGCAUCUGCUGCUCGACCGUUUCCUGAUGAAGUACUACAGUCAGGAGCAGACGAAGAUGAUCCUCGACGAGUUCAUGAGGGACUUCUCCGCGAAGGUCGAGAGCCUCAGCCUGGACGACCUGGAGAGGAUCGCCACGUCCUACCUGAGCGAGGAGAGCUGACAUGAAACGGCGCUCGUGUUUUACUGAAGAAGACGGCAACAACAAAAAAAAAA